AUGACUGUUACUUACUCCAGUGAAGUGGCCAACGCGACCUUCUUCAGUUUCCACCGACUUCUGCUGCGAUGGAGAGGGAGCAUCUACAAACUGCUGUACCGAGAAUUUGCAGUAUUUGCACUGCUCUACACUGUCCUCAGUCUUGUAUACAGGCUUGCCCUUUCUGAGUCCCAGAAAAGACUUUUUGAGAAAAUAUCCAUGUACUGUGACAAAUAUGCAGAGCAGAUACCUGUCACCUUCGUCUUGGGUUUCUAUGUGACACUUGUGGUGAAUCGAUGGUGGAACCAGUUUGUGAACCUUCCUUGGCCUGACAGGCUCAUGAUCCUCAUCUCCAGCUGUGUACAGGGUAAUGAUGAACAUGGGCGGCUGCUGAGGAGAACUCUUGUCCGUUACAUAAACCUCACAUCACUCCUGAUCCUUCGCUCUGUCAGUACAGCUGUGUGCAAGCGCUUCCCAACCAUGGACCACGUGGUUGAAGCAGGUUUCAUGACUCCUGAAGAGAGAAAGGUGUUUGAGAAUAUCCGCUCUCCUCAUCUAAAGUACUGGAUACCGUUAGUGUGGUUCGCCAACUUGGCAACACAAGCUCGACAAGAGGGCCGAAUCCAAGACAGCAUUGACCUGCAAAAUAUUCUCAAUGAGAUGAAUACAUUCAGAACAUGGUGUGCGACUCUUUUUGGCUAUGACUGGGUUGGAAUCCCUCUGGUUUACACACAGGUUGUUACAUUGGCCGUCUACACUUUCUUCUUCGCUUGUCUCAUCGGCCGGCAGUUUCUUGACCCCACUCAGCGAUACCAAGGUCACGACCUUGAUCUUUAUGUCCCAGUCUUCACUCUAUUGCAGUUCCUCUUUUUCUCUGGAUGGUUAAAGGUGGCAGAGCAGUUAAUCAAUCCAUUUGGGGAGGAUGAUGAAGACUUUGAGGCAAAUUGGAUAAUUGACAGAAACCUCCAGGUGUCCCUGUUGGCUGUGGAUGAGAUGCAUAUGGACCUUCCUCAUCUGAUCAAAGACAUUUACUGGAAUGACAGUGAAGCCCGGCCACCUUACACACUGGCUGCUGCUGACUCCUGCAUCGCCUCCUUUCUAGGCUCAACCACAGACAUGGGUCUGUCAGACAUACUGCAGUGUGAUGAAGCCAGUAACACAAAACAUCUGCACCAACAACCAUCUUAUACACCUCAACAACAGGAGUCGGUUCUGGGUCGGGUUCGUAGGUUGCUGAGUGUCCAAGAGCCUCCAGAUCUCCAGCCUCCUCGACCCGUCUUCAAAAGACACAGCAGUGAUGCAACAGGAAGCUUCUUCCCAAAUCUGGGGAUCAUGCCACACACAGAGACCAUAAUGACCCCUACCUCUCUUGUCAUGGUACACCCCGUCAUGGACACUCUGUCCACUGUGAGGGAGGUCAAUACCACCCCACCCUCCCCUGAAUGCACUCACUCUGGGAUUUUUCCUCGACUCGUGGUCAGCCCUCCACUUUUCUGUGAAGCUGCUCUAAAUGUGAGCCCAUCCGUCAUUGGUGCUGCCAUGACACCCUAUAAUGGCUUUGAUGUGUCCUCUACUGAGGAUGUUCCAGGCUUGGAGAUAUUACCAAGAAAGAGUUCCUCUGUGUGUUAUUCGCCUACUCAGCAUGGCCCUAAAGAGUUCCGUUGGACCAGAAUGAGCUCUCUUUGUCACUCACAGACCAGGCCCAGGCGGCGCCAGUUCUCCCUGAAGUUCUCCCGUCAGGCCUCUAAAGGGUCUGUACACAGCUUGCCCAGCCCCAAAGCUUUGGGAAAACGAAGAGGACGGUUGCCUCGCUUUCAAUUACGCAGCUCUGCCGCUCCACCUAGCAACACUCUGCAAAUCCCCAACUCACCAUAUGACCAGGAUUACCAGGGGACAGAGCAAACUGACGACAGGGAGCAGAGAGAAAACAAGAGCAAAGUUUGACCAAAGUUCAACUCACAAACACAGUCAGGUAA